GCCUGCUAAUUCUGUCACAGUCACUUCUAUUUUUAUAGAAGUGAUGAAAAGUUAUUAAUGCAUCACCACCACAUGUAGCUGAACCACUUAUUUAGGUAGUGGUAGAGUUCGGCAUGGUGAUUUGAAUAUCUUAAAACUAAGAAAUUGCUACUCACUAGUGCGAUUGUGUAGAUUAAAACAUAAGCUGAGAUGAGAAUAAAAUAGGUGGAUUUUUUUCUAAUUAAUAAUCUUAAUGAUUAAAGGUGAAUGCGAUCAGUUGGACCUGUGACAACUGAACUUCCUCACUUAUCUUGUAAAUUUCUUAGCUGUGAGCCACUGAUGGGUUUGACCUAUGUUUUCAUUAAACAAUUACUCAUUUGAUCUCGUACUAACGGUCCCAACUAGAUGACAAGCCUUAAAUACAUUCAUGCCAGUGGAGACUAGUUUUUAAAACUAUCUGUCCAUACUUAGAAAUUCACUUUGUGCAGGAACUUUACAUAGUCACCCCUUCAAAUAAUUUUGGAAGCUAAAAAAAUUUUAUUAGUUGAUUUUUCAAGUCGACAAUUGUAACAUCCUGAAAAGGAAAGAUGGAUCAUGAAUUUGAGCUAGGUCAAGUAUGAAAUGAUAUGUAUAUAUUAAUUAUAUGAUUGGAGUCCAGGACCAUAUUAUUUGUAUUUUCAGUUUGGUAUCUGAUACUUAAUUCUAUGCGUUUAUUUGACAAUAUACUUUUUUAACAUUUUUCGUGACUAAAGGGAUUCUAAGGAUUGCCAUGACUGCACUACAGUUUUCUUGGGGAAAUUCCAUUAUAUAUAUUAGUGGGUAGAAGGGUCUCAAGUGUGCUAUGAAGGUUGGUGAGCUGAAUAUUCUAGAAUGCCGUGCUAGCCGAGGAGAGAAUGAUAACAUUCAGCGACGAACUUAUCAGUUACUUGAGGAGCAAUUUGAAAGGAUUGUACUGGUGCAUUACAGAGAACUGAAAGAGGAUGAGAUAGUCAUCUUGUUCCAACACCACUCACUGUUUUGGUUGGAGGAGCACCCUUUGAUGGCCAAGAGAUUAAAUUUGGACAUGAAAGAAUCAAGAAUUGUAGGAUCGUUGGAGGGACUUCUGUUAGUUACUACUAAUGAUGAAAGACUAUUUGAUUAGCCCUUUAAUACAGAAAACCAAGUUGCUUCCCGUUUACCCGGUUCAUGUUAGGCCGAGAUGCUUUUAUAAGAGGUUAACUGGUGUUUGUUUCAUUGGGAGAGAGUUGAAGGUUGUUUAUAUGUUAUAUUCCCAACAUUAUAACACAACUACGGUAACCGUGUUUAGUGCAGCAAGUAAUAAAUGGAAAAUCAUCUCUCCCUCGCCCCACAUGUAUCCACGCAGUUCACCAUGUGGCAUACCUUACGAGAAUGGACUCUACUGGAUUGCAGAAGAUGAGCAAAAGAUGGAGGAAGAUGACGAAAUAAAGGCAGACGAUGAGAAAAUACAUAAUUUCUGCCUGUAAUCUCAUUACAAACAGUUUUAGCCAAAUACCAAUUCCUCGCCACCAGUUUGGAAAGCCUCAUCUCUGUUUGUUGAGAGGAAGACCUGCCAUAUUCGUUUCUUCCGUUCAAAAUCUGGAAAUAAUGUUGUUAGCUGAAGGAGGACAUCAGCUGCUGACUGUGAACUUUGCAAUCAAGCUGAACUUUUCUGUUCUGCCUGUCAGGUUGAGUGAAAAUGACAUGGUGCUCAUGGGAAAUAAGAAAAACUUGUUGCAAAGUAUAGAUGAAGUAGAGCCUGAAGGGCUUGAAAUUCCAAAUCUGCGAAGUGUUUUUCAGGCAACGAGCCUAUGGCCAGGACUAAAACGUCAAGCAGCAGACUUCUUUGAGGAGCGACUUUGAACUCUAGUGAUGCUGUGCUCUGAUUCUGAAGCUAUUUGUAAAAACCAAACUUAAUUCUCUGUUUUACCUACUGUAAAAACCAAACUUAUGUUUUACAGGUACAUAUCACUUGAAUCUUACAGGUUGGGUUGAAAGUAUUCCCAAAGCAUUGUUUUGUUU